AUGCCCGUCCAGAAGCAGACCCGUGCUGGUCAGCGUACCCGUUUCAAGGCCUUCGUUGCCGUUGGAGACUUCGACGGUCACCUGGGUCUGGGUGUCAAGUGCGCAAAGGAAGUCGCUACUGCCAUCCGAGCCGCCAUCAUCCUCGCCAAGCUCGCCGUCAUCCCCGUUCGACGUGGUUACUGGGGCUCUGCUCUCGGUGAGCCUCACACUGUCCCCAUGAAGGUUUCUGGUAAGACUGCCUCGGUCAUGUGCCGACUGGUCCCCGCUCCCCGUGGAACUGGUAUCGUCGCUGCCCCCGCCUCGAAGCGAAUGCUGCAAUUGGCUGGUAUCCAGGACUGCUACACUCAAUCGUCGGGUCAGACUGCCACCAUGGGUAACUUCAUUGCCUCGACUUUCGUAGCCAUCAGCAAGACCUACGCUUUCCUCACCCCCAACCUCUACACCUACAGACUUGCGUGCCAGUUCCCGUCGGCGUCGUAG